AUGUCCGGUAUACGGAUACUGGGCCGUUUGGCCAGGAGUCUUACUCUCCAUUCGGUUGUAAGGAUUCCCGUACGCUGCAAGUACAACCAACACCAAGGAGUUAAGGGCAUCCGCAACAGAAAGAGCUUCUUUGAGGCCCAGAUGCAGGCUGGUCAAAGAAGCGAAGGAGACGACGACUUGAAUCAGGAAGAGAGGUCAUCCAAUGGGGAUUUGGCAGACAUGCGAUUUCUGGAUGACCGUGCCUAUGAUGAGGUGGCAGGUGGAGCCAUGCGAAUUACCCGCGACAUAGCCAGCUCCCAGCAAGUGCUCAUUCUCCAACCUUAUGUAAAGUGGGCUGCUAAGCGCCAAAACACGUCCAUCGAUGUUAGGCCAGAGGAUCAGCUCUCGGAGGCCUCAGCUCUGAUUCACUCCUUGCCCAACUGGCAGGUGGCCAAGGCACUCAAAGUUCCCUUGGAAAGUCUCGAGAAAAAGACCCUCUUUGGCAGCGGAAAGCUGUUGGAACUCAAGGAGCUGGUCACCGAAUUGCGUCAAGAACGGCAGCUCACCUGCCUGUUUGUGAGCAAGGGCACGCUUUCCUUCGCCCAAAAACGCUUUCUAGAGGCUGAGUUUCGAUUGCCGGUAAUGGAUCGCUACUCAGUGGUUAUACAGAUUCUAAGGCUACAUGCCACUAGUGCCGAAGCAAAGCUACAGGUGGCCAUGGCUGAGCUGCCUUACAUUUGGGCCCAGGCCAAGGAUGCCAGUGUCACACAGACGCGGCGCCAGGGAUAUGCAUUGACAGAUCUGCAGAAAGAGAUCUUGCGCACCAGGGAGCGCAAAUUGCGAGCGGAACUAGAUAGAGUGCGCCGGCAGAGGCAGCUGCUCCGACAGAAACGGAAGCAACAAAACUAUCCCAUUGUGGCUGUGGUGGGCUACACCAAUGCUGGCAAGACCUCCUUAAUCAAGGCUUUAACUGUGGAGGAUGCCCUGCAGCCCAGGAAUCAGUUGUUUGCUACCCUCGAUGUUACGGCCCAUGCGGGUUGUUUGCCCUGCAAUCUUCAAGUGAUUUACAUGGACACCGUGGGCUUCAUGUCUGAUUUGCCAACAGGACUAUUCGAGUGUUUCGUGGCUACUUUGGAGGAUGCCAUGUUGGCGGAUGUAAUAGUGCACGUCCAGGAUCUCUCUCAUCCAUGCCAUGCCGCACAACGCAGCCAUGUGGAAGCCACGCUUCGAUCUUUAGCCUUCAAUGUGGCGGGUGGAGAUUCCACAGCAAGUCAAUUGCCACCCAUCAUUAAUGUAUACAACAAAUGUGAUCUGGUACCAUCCGAGGCGCAAUCAUCUGCUGAUCCCGUGCAUCGUAUAUCAGCCCGAGCCCAAACAGGAUUAGAACCACUUCUAGACGACAUUGAGCAGCAGAUACUGACCGCCACCGGGCGAAGAAAACUUCAGAUGCGAGUGCCCAGCGGCGGACCUGAAAUGGCAUGGCUUUAUAAAAACGCAGCCGUAGUGGAAACCACAGCGGAUGAGAAUAAUCCGGAGCGUCUAAUGAUGCACGUGGUCAUUAGCCAACGUACCUUGGACCAGUUCAAGCGACAGUUCUGCCGAUGACCACAUAUCUUGAAUUUAAAGUCACAUUUAUCAAGUUUCUGGGGCGCAACUGGCACCGACUAAAUUGUUUAUUAUUGCUCUGCUUUUUUGUUGGUUUAGUUACUAGCGGGUGUAGUUAGGAUUGGUGUUGUUUUUCGAUUUAAAUUCUAUAUAAAUAUAAAGUUAUCUACCACAAAAAUAAAACGAAACGAUGUCUAAAAAUAUUAUUAAACAGAAUAUUUGUAUUGCACUUUUCAGACACUUUGUGCUGUGGAUUCCUGUAGGAAUAAUCGGACCUGAACCCAACUUGGAAUCAGGUUUCGAAUCAACCGUGUUUUAUGUUUCUAAGAGGCAAGUCCAGCAGGUUGCCUUUAUGUUUUUUGUGUGGUUUUGACUUGUGUAUUGGCACAGUAGAAUAACUACAAACAAUCCAGAGCGAUUUUAACUUAAAAUAAAAAAAUUAAACAAACUUAACACCAGCCUAGAUUAACAAAAACGUUUCAAAAACAUCCUACAAAUUU